ACAGCAAGAACCAAACCGAAGAGGCCAACCAGAUUAUAAACCUACAGCCUCUCCUCUAUCGAGGAGAGGGGGAAAGAGACACGGUUUAGGCCGCGAGGGGCAGCAGCGCGCGGCUACAGGCUUACAUAAGUCAGAGAGGGAGGAGAGCCAGGAGCCCAGGAAGAGAACAAAAGUGAAACUUUGGUUCUUUCUUUUGGGCUGCUAGCUUGUGAGGCGAGGUCCUUGUUAGUUCAGAGAUGGGCAGCGGUGGUAAGAAUGGCGCUGUGAGGCGGUACAUCAGAUCCAAGGAGCCCAGGAUGAGGUGGACCGCCGAGCUCCACCGCAGCUUCCUGCAAGCUAUAGAAUGCCUUGGCGGCCAAGACAAGGCUACACCGAAACUCAUUCUUCGCUUCAUGGCCGUGAAAGGGCUCACCAUAUCUCAUGUCAAGAGCCAUCUCCAGAUGCACAGAGGCGCGAGGCUUGGCACAGGCAGAAGAGAGACGCACCCACAGAUGCAAAGGAGGCACUCAUGUGGUGCUGAUGAGCAAGGCCCCAAAGACUUCCUGUGCCCCCCUCUGAAAAGGGCCAAGAUUGGGACAGAAGCAGCCGCAUACAAAGGCAUGCAAGGGAGCCAGGGAAUCAGUGAGAAGAGAGCUGCUGGGAACCAGUACUGCGUCGAUGAUUACAUGCAAGCCAUGGCGACGGAGAGGAGAAUAAAGGAGGAGGGCCUCAGAUGGCAGAGGGAUGCUGCUGCUGCUUCCAGCGUCCAGGCCUUGGGAUGUUUGGUGCAAGAAUCCGACCCUUUUCAGCAGAUAAGCAGACCUGAAGCACAUCAUCUGGGUCUUGCGGUGAAGCAGCAGCAGGGUUGCAAGGAGGAAGGAAACGGAUGCUCGCUCUUCAGCAGCUUCAGCAUCGCAGCAAAGGGCGAAUUGGAAGAACCACCUGAACAAUGCUCGCUGUCACUGUCCCUUGGUCUGGACCCGAAAUGCGCCCGCGCCAUGGCCCCCUCGCCCAGCGGAAGCAGCUGCGUCCUCUCGGCCUCGCCGAGGAGGAGGAGCUCCAGUGACUGCUCCGGGCAUUCAGGCUGUUUCGUUGCGCCGGGUGUUAGCUUGGAACUUUCCUUGUCCAUCUGUGGAUCUUAGAUCACUGUUCCAAUUUCGGAUUUGUACAUCGAUCGAUCGGCAGUGUUGGUGAUCUCCUGCUUUUCUUUUGGAUAUCCCUGACAUCAUGACCAUGUAGCUGAUGAAUGAUCUUAGAAUUAACAGGUUAUUUCUAUUAUGUGUAAGUCGUAAAGUUAUCAAGCUGGCAAAAAAUUAAAAUUAGACAAUAUACAUGACCGUAUUUA